UAAAAAUUUACGCGACUUCUUCACAUAAAGUGCAUCUCCUCCAAUCGAUUGUAUAAUUAAGAAAAAAAAAUAAAAAAAGAACACAGUGUACUUCAAUGAAUGCAGCAUUUGAUAGCAGUAUAAACUUAUCAUUAGGAAAUAUUGAUGAUCACCUAAAGUAUUUAAUUGAAAAAGAUCGAGAAACAGUAAGCUUGGAUUUAUAUCAAGAUUCCACUGCUUUUAAAUAUUCGACAGAUUAUAAACAUGCUUUCGUAAAGAAAGAUGUGAUCAAAUUUCCAAAGAAAAUGUCUACACAAAUAGCACGACCUAAUAUCAAUUAUAAACUUGGAUUUUUGACAGCUAUUAAUUAUGUAUGGCUUACGAUAGAUAAUUCUUUAUUAUUAUGGAAUUUUAAAGCAACAACAUCAGAAGUGUUUGAAUAUGUUUGCAGUGAACCCAUUGAAAGUGUAGAACUUAUUACAUUAACUACACAUAAUGAAUUAUUACUAUCAACGAAAAGUUAUAUAUUUCUACAUACCCUCGAUCAAAUUGAUAAGGAAAAAUUGCGUAUAACAUCCAAAAUUAGCAUCCGAUCCAAUGGUGUCAUCAUGUCAAACGUGAUCACUACUGAUACAAACAGAGCUUUCAUGAAAGGCAGCGACGGUCAUCUCUAUGAAUUAAACAUUGUUUGUAAUGAAAAUGGAAAGAUUUCUCAAAGCAAGCUAAUAUGCCAUACUGCAAAUUGCUUAUUAAGUUAUUUACCGUCCUUUUUUAAAUCAGUACCAAGUGAAAGUGUCAAAUCUUUUGCUGUAGAUAAUCAAGAAAAAGUAUUAUAUUUGUUGUUGAGCGAUUCUAGUAUUCACGUUAUAAAUAUUCGUGGAAAUCAGUAUUUACCUCAGGAACGAUAUAUUGGGAAACAAUUGUCAACUAUUCAUCUUGUUUCAGCACCUCAUUUGAAAAAAACAAAACUUAUGGCUGUUGCAAAUAAUGGUGAUCGUCUAUUUUUUGCUUGUGACUUUCCAACUAUUACGCUCAAAUACACCUGUACUGCACCACCUUUACCAGGAUCACUUAUAUUUAAUAAAAUGGCAAAUGAGCAAGUCGAGUUCACUUUUUACAGAGAGGGUAUAUUUGCUGCUAUUCUUUGUAAAUCAGAAACAACAUAUUUCAUUCUUACGGGAUCAAGCAUACUUAAAACAUCUGAUAAUAAGCAUGUCAUUCUUGAUGAUGUUUAUUAUGAAACAUCAGAAAACAAAAUUUGGUCUAUAAUGGAAAUGAGUUAUCCUUGCUCUAUGGCAAACUUACAAUCAUUGGAGAACCCAGUUCGCGAGUUUUCUGUCUUGACAAAAUCAGGCAUUACACAAUAUAUCAAACAACGACCUGUUGAUUAUUUAGAGGAAGUAUUAUGUUCAGAAAGACCCGAUGAGCUCCUAAAAUUUACAGAUCGUUAUGGAUUAAUUGAGACAGCUUAUUUGGCUUAUGUAUUAGCAACAAAGAAAUCACAGAAGGCAAUUGAGUUCCUUUGUCAACCUUUAAUUAAUCAAGAUGGAUUAUUGCUUUAUUUUAUUCGUACUAUAAGCAGUAUUUGGAAUAUGGAUAUUAGUCAAAAAGAGGUUUUUGAUAGCAAGUUAUCUUCAAUUCAAGACUGUUUAAAAUCAUUAGUCGAAACUAUUCAUAGUACACAGAUUCCUGUGAAGAAAGCAAACUUAGAACUCAUUAUUCGAUCUAUUGAAAUUAUUUCGCUACUUUCAUUUAUACAUCAUUUAGAAUGGGAUAAGUUAAUAGCAAGUAUUCCAGAAUGGAAUAAAAUUUAUACAUUUGCAGAUCUUGUUACAACCAAUAAUGGCGAGCAUAUAGCACAGUCAAUAGUAUUUGCUGCUACUUCUCACACAAAACUAGCCGAUGCAUCAAAUAAUUUUAGUUAUAUAAGCAACUUUAUAGAAAGUAAUUGUCUUUAUUAUUUUGGCAAAGAAAGAAUAACAUAUUUUAAGGGUGUCGAAUGUUUAAAUGGCAAUUUUGUUAAUGAUGCAGAUAAGCAAAAAGCUAUGGAAUUAUCAUUAAAUUAUUUCAAGAGUAUUAUUUACAUGAUCGACUUUGAGCGUAUUAAGGCACUUUCUCAGCGAUUUUAUGAAUUAAAUAACUAUGAUGGAGCUAUUCAACUCGUAUUUGCUAAAUAUAAUACUGGAGCAAUCCAACUUUCUGAAUUACAAACUAUCUUUUUCUCUAUUAUUGAAAAUGCAUUUUUAACAAAGCAAGAAGGAGAUGCUAAAGAAAUCCUUGUGAAUGCAUUGAACCUAACAGAUAAAGAAGAAUAUCACUAUAUGUUCUAUAAUUGGUUGAUAAACAAUAAGCACAAGUUGGUCUUAGUAGAGCUUGAAACACCUUUACUUGAAAAGUUUAUCAAAACCCAAAUUCCAGAUGAAAGUGAAAGUCUAGCAUGUCUUCAUCAUUAUCAUGUUCAUCAUAAGCACUAUACACUUGCUAUUGAAUGUCUUUAUCAGAUAGCAGUUAUAGUACCCAAUGUUGAAUUACAAGUACGUAUUGAAUGUUUACGAACAGCCUGUAGCUAUUUAGACAAGGUUGAAGAUAUCAAGAAGGAAAGAGCAGAUCAUAUUAAAAAUAUUCUCAAAAUAGCUGAAAUUCAACAAAAUAUAUAUAAUACUUUGAUUAAACAAGAACAUACCAAGACUGUUGCUAAAGAAUUGGAAAAAGCUCUUGUUCAAGAAGAUAAAUUAUUCCACCAAUACAUUUGCGCUUACUCAUUAUAUGAAGAAGGAUUAUAUUUAAUGGAUGUAAUCGAGUUAUAUGAUUGGAAGUUUGCUAAAACAGCCUGGACUGGUAUUAUUGAAGCGAGCAGUAAAAGUGAAGAUGAAGUUUACUCUAAAAUUGAUAAUUUGGCCAAAAGGCUUUACCCUUCAAUUUCUUCUUUCCCUGUUUAUAUUAUAUUUCAGAUUUUACAAGACAAAUGUGAUAAAUAUGGUCAAGAAUUUGCUGAAUCUGUACUUCUCAAGGCAGGUGUACCUGUAGAAGUAGUGACAGAUGCAAAAACAUUAAAUUAUUAAUGAUGUAAUUAACAUUAUCCUAUUGGAAUUAUAAAAAAAAAAAAUCUUCUUUAUAUUCUGUUGUAUCAACUAAAGAUUCAAUAAUAUAAUAUAUUUCUCUAUAAUUUA